AUGAAAAAGAUGUUUCUCUGGCUGGUUACUGUCUUAAUGAUUUCCUCAUUUGUCUCUUCACAUGAAUACAAACUCAAUUGGUUCGUUCCUCCUGCAAAUGCUUCUACAACUUUCAAUGAUUGGGCUUCUAAUAAACAGUUCCAAGUCGGAGACACCAUUCGAUUCAAGUACAAGAAAGAUUCGGUGAUGCAAGUGACGAAGGAGGAUUACAAGCAAUGCAAUUCAUCGCAUCCGAGAUUUUACUCGAAUACAGGCAAGACCCGAUUCAUGUUUGAUCACUUUGUUCCUUACUAUUUCAUAAGUGGAGUGUCGGGUCAUUGUGAGAAAGGUCAGAAGAUGAUCGUUGAGGUCAUAUCUCACGACCAGACCACCUCGUCUUCUGCUCCGCCGGCUGUCUUGGCCGUUGUUUGGUUCUGCUUCUUUAGCUUCUCGUUAUCUCUUAUAGCUUAG